CGCAAUUUUUGGGGUUUUUUUCCCGUGUUUGAAAGUUGUCAACAGAAGAAGCGGAGCUGCUUCUAACCGACAGCUCGGAGGACCAGGAGGAGGAGGAAUGGGCUGCAGCCACAGCACGAAGAAAAGCAAAGGCAAGUCGGGAGAGAAGAACCAGAAACAGAAGCAGAGACGCCGAGAUGUCGCAGGUUCACGUGCGUCAGCUGAUCCGGAUGUUGGCCUGCAGAAGCAGCUGGAGCGAUUUGAUUGGCAGCUGAGGAUUCUGAAGGAGGCCAAUGGGAACCCGGAGAGGGCGGAGCUUCUAAGGGAGCACGCCGACGAGGAGGUGUGCUCCCUCGUGCUGAGCAUCCUCGAUAAGGUGAAGACGGAGACGGUGGCGGGUUUAAACGUUCUGCACCAACAGAAAAAUAAAACUGCAUCUGAAGAACACGAGAGGAACGUGAAAGAGCUGCAGAAGAAACACGAAGAAGAGAAAACUGAACUGACGGAAACAUUUCAGGCUGCAGAAAACGUCCUCAAGGGUCAAGUGGAGCAGCUUUCUGCAGACCUGCAUGUUUACAACCAGCUGAGGAGGAGGGUCGAACAGUCCACGUUCAAGAAGGACCUGCAGAGGAACAUUCAGGCCCAUGGCAGCCCCGGUGCAUUCUGGGAGUCCGAGCAGGAGUCUCUGCUUUUUGUGAUUGAGAUGAAGAGCGAGCGCGUGCAGGAGCAGAGCCGGAAGCUGCUGCAGAUGGAAGAUCUGGUGGAGAAGAAUCUGUCUCUGGAGGAUCAGAUCAUCAACGUCCUGCAGCAGAACGAGGACCUGAGGGUCCGGAUAGACAACUGCCAGACCUUCAUGCAGCAGCUAUCAAAGGAGCAGCAGGACCUGAAGGUGGCGCUGGAGAGGCAGGCGGUGAUUAACCAGAACCUUUCUCAGGAGAAAGAGCAGCUCAUGUUCAAACUGAGGCACAGAGACUCGUGUCCCAGCAUGCACCUGCCCGUCAUGAUGCAGGAAAUUGCGCCCAGAUGAUCCCCCGGUGUUCCUUCAAGAAGCAGGGAUGUGAACUUUUCAUAAUACAAAUAUUUAGUUAUGUUUACAAUGAUGCGCGAGAUGUGUGCCGGAGUCUUCCUGUCUGUCGGCUGAACUCCGCUGCUACAGGAUGGCGGUUUAACAUCAGCAGCACCUACAGGUGUGUUACCUACAGGUGCGUUACCUACAGGUGCGUUACCUACAGGUGCGUUACCUACAGGUGCGUUACCUACAGGUGCGUUACCUACAGGUGCGUUACCUACAGGUGCGUUACCUACAGGUGCGUUACCUACAGGUGCGUUACCUACAGGUGCGUUACCUACAGGUGCGUUACCUACAGGUGCGUUACCUACAGGUGCGUUCGGACAGUCACUCUGGCACAAACUGGACGUUGGUGAACUCAGUGCUUUGGGAACGGUUUAAUCGGGCCGUUCGGAUACUCAGAGCAGAGCUUAGUGUCCAUUCAAGGAUGUUGUGAUGAGGACUUCAAGGUGUCAAUAAGCAUCCUGGAGAUCCUCAUAAUCAACACAACAAGUGAUUUAUAGUAUACCCUAUCAUGUUUCCCUCUGAAUCGAACAAGGACGUUUUUAAUGCUGUUUCUACACGAACAUUUUUGUGUUAUUGCAGUAUAAUUAGAUUAUUUUAAACCCCAAAUAAUCACAUGUUGCGGCGCAUUUAUCUGAAAUAACUCCAUAAUGAUACCAAUUUGUAAAAAGUCUGAAUUCAUGCUUUGUCAGGUCUUUCCAAAAGACAAAAAGCUAACUACUUUUAAAAUGCUUGUUUUGUGAAUGGAGUUUUGGACAUCAAGGCUAACCUGACAAUUUAGCUGCUCCAUCAACAUUCAACCCUAACCCUCAACAUUCAACCCUAACCCAUCAACAUUCAACCCUAACCCUAACCC